GCUGUUGUGGUAUUUGUGUGGUUCUGCUAGGAUUUUGGGAUGGGUCUAUAGAUGAGGGUUCAGAUUCACUAAAAGUUAGUUCAGAAAUUGUUGGUGGUAAGGUUAAUAGAGUAUUUGUGUAUGAUUUAAGAG